UGUUGUCCAAUUUCUCGCAUGAUUUUUCCCUCCCGCAGCUCUCGUAUCCCCCUCCACCUUACUGCCUCCUGAUAUCGACUCGUACCACCCGAAGUGUACAUGGUUGUUUCUCGCUACCAGGCUGUCUCGGCUGCUUGUGCUUUACCUUAACUCAUUGCUCUGAACCCUACCCCACCGUCGCUACUUGGCCAAAUGGAUCUCUCGUCGCUAGAAGGCCCUCCCAUCGCGGAUUCCCGCUUUACUGUCCCAUCGGAGAGCCCAAAGGAAUACAUGACUGUCCCACGUAUUCGCCUUGAUACUGGCUUGGCUAGCACACUACCUCAGCGUCCUGCCUCUGCAAGCGACUCUCCUAGGCCUAAGGCAGAUUACUAUCCAUAUUCACCCCAAGAGCGACAGGACCCUAGCCUCUGCCGCCGCUGUCAUUUCAGAAUACACUCAACUGGAGACCUGAGCACACCUAGCCCUCGCGAAGCAAGCCCAUCGACAUCCUCCUACCCGGCUCUCAACCUGCCCCCUCCUCCGCCUUCGUCAUCGUUUGCUUAUUCUCCCUGGGCGUCGCGAAGUAGGAGCAUGACAGACCUUACUCUUCAGCCCACUCGCACCACUGGCCCAGUGUCCCGCGAGACAUCCACUCAACAGGCUAGCCAGCUCAUCUGGCUUGAGUCGGAAGAACUAUGGGUCCUCAAGCCUCCGUCGCCCUUGUCAUCGGCACCAUAUCUUUCCCCGCUGGCUCCUCGCCCGAUACACAGUGCUACUGGUAGAGGUGGGCAUCCAUCCUCGCCAUCAGUGUUCGAUGACUAUGCCUCCGACUCGGAAUACUCCGACCAGCCUCCACCAUAUGAACAUCACAUCUACGAUCGACCUUUUGUUCCGCUUCCCGAUCGAGCAAGGGAAGAUGGCAGUAGCCGGAGGUCGCGCUGGUCAGCUGUGGCUCGCAGGAGAGCAAAUCGGGCUCUCUCGGGCUGAGAAAGACCCCUGACUAGUACUUUGUCUCGUCUUGUGUUGGAAUGAUGAGUGGACAACACUUUGGAGAGUCAAGCUGUGGUUCUUUUGGUUUCUCCCUCUGUACCUUGAUUGCUUUUCUGCUCAGUUUGGCCCUUUUUGCUGCAUCAGAGAGCGAUGAUACCCCCAACUUGGAUUUAGUCUUGGUUUACUUCAGCUAGUUAUACUUUAUCGCUAAUCAGCUGUGCUGCAUACUAAUCUUUGGUUGUAAUUUACUUUAUUCCAUCCACUUUUGGAGACAGAUGUUACCACGUGCUCACUGACUCUGCCCCAUCAAAGCACUAAAGGCUCAUACCCUCGCUUGACCUUUGAGACAUAGCAUAUCUCAAGACAGUCCAAUUUUUCCUGCUUUGUCAUUUACAACAC